AUGGCCACUCCAGUGAGGAUGUUCCCAGUUUCCCUGUGGACAUCGACUCCAGCUCCCUGGCCAGGAGGGAACACAACACCAGCACCCGAGGCAAAGUGUGUCUUCAACGAGGAGUUCAAGUUCAUCCUGCUGCCCGUCUCCUACAGCAUCGUCUUCGUGGUGGGGCUGCCCCUCAACUCCUGGGCCCUGUGGAUGUUCAUCUCCAGGAUGAGGCCCUGGAACGCCACCACCACCUACAUGGUGAACCUGGCCCUGUCGGACACGCUCUACGUCCUGUCCCUGCCCACCCUGGUCUAUUAUUACGCCGACCGCAACAAUUGGCCCUUCGGGACGGGCCUUUGCAAGAUCGUGCGCUUCCUCUUCUAUGCCAACCUCUACAGCAGCAUCCUCUUCCUCACCUGCAUCAGCGUGCACCGCUACAUGGGCAUCUGCCACCCCAUCCGCUCCCUCAAGUGGGUGAAGACCAAGCAGGCCCGCAUCAUCUGCGUGGCCGCCUGGCUCGUGGUCAUCAUCUGCCUCAUCCCCAACCUCGUCUUCGUCACCACCAGCUCCAAGGGCAACAUCACCCUGUGCCACGACACCACCAAGCCCGAGGAGUUCGACCACUACGUGCACUACAGCUCCUCCAUCAUGGCCCUGCUCUUCGGGGUGCCCUUCCUGGUCAUUGUGCUGUGCUACUGCCUGAUGGCCAAGCGGCUCUGCAAGUCCAGCUUCUCCACCCCCGGCCUGCGCAUGCCCUCCUACAAGAGGCGCUCCAUCAAGAUGAUCAUCGUGGUGCUCACCGUGUUCGCCAUCUGCUUCGUGCCCUUCCACAUCACCCGCACCCUCUACUACACCUCCCGCUACUUCCAGGCCGACUGCCGCACCCUCAACAUCAUCAACUUCACCUACAAGAUCACGCGGCCCCUGGCCAGCAUCAACAGCUGCCUGGAUCCCAUCCUCUACUUCAUGGUUGGGGACAAGUACCGGGGCCAGCUGCGCCGCGGGGCCGCCCAGCGCCUCCGGCCCGUGCCCACGCUGGACCUGGCGCUGGUGUCACCCUUCACUGACAGCAUGGAUGGCAGCCACGUGGCCAGUGUCACCCGAGGGACCGGCCCCGCGCGCAGCGGAGGCGGGUGCUGA